UUAUAGUUAUGGGUUUGAUCCCCAGUAAUGUAUGAUUCUGAUAAAACGUACACCUUACGGCACUUUAACUUGACAUUUUUCUAAUGUAUAAAUGUACUUAAAAAGAAAUGCUAACAUAUAUCACCUUCCUCCAGUCCAGUAGGGGGCGGUAGAAUGUAGUCGAGUAUUGGAGUUGGAAUGAAUCGAGCAACACAUCUGCUCGCUGAUAAAAAUAUUGUAGAUCAAAUAGAUUUCUGAAAGUCGAGUGGAUUCUACUUUUAAAGGUUACAACUUAAAAACAAUAGCAUGUAGUUUAAUAACAUGUUUUCCAGCCUAUAGCAUUUGCUUGUUUGUCAAGCUGGUGAGCUUUAUCUUUUAUUGAUUAACGUUAACCUACUAUUGGACAUAAAAGGAUACUUCACACAGUUAAAGGUCUUCAGUAAACUCAUCUGUGGGUUAGUUUAAUUCAUUACAUAAUGGAGAUCGCGUAUGUUUGCGAGUGGGAGAAGAGACCAAAGAGCAACCACUGUCCCUCAAUCCCUCUGGUGUGCGCCUGGUCAUGCAGAAACCUCAUUGCCUUCACAACCGAUCUGAAAAACGAGGAAGAUGACAAAGAUCUCAGUCAUAUGAUACAUAUCCUUGACACUGACCAUCCCUGGGAUGUUUAUUCUAUCAACUCUGGUCACACUGAGAUCAUUUCCUGUCUGGAUUGGGACCAAUCAGGUUCGCGGCUGCUGUCAGCUGAUGGGGAUGGGCAGAUUAAGUGUUGGGGUAUGACCGAGCACCUGGUGAACAGUUGGGAGUGCACACAGAGCAGCUCAGUGGACGGAGAACCGAUAGUAGCCCUGUCAUGGUUACACAAUGGAGUCAAACUCGCCCUGCAUGUUGAAAAGUCGGGCUCUACGAACUUCGGCGAGAAGUUUUCACGAGUCAAGUUCUCCCCCUCUCUCACACUGUUUGGGGGGAAGCCUAUGGAGGGUUGGUUAGCGGUGACCGUGAGCGGACUGGUCACAGUUUCAUUGUUAAAGCCCAACGGUACACUGCUGACAGCCAGCGAGAGCCUGUGCAGGCUGAGGGGCCGAGUGGCCCUGGCUGACAUUGCCUUUACUGGGGGAGGGAACAUUGUGGUGGCGGCCACAGACGGCAGCAGCUCUUCUCCGGUGCAGUUCUAUAAAGUAUGUGUAAGUGUGGUGAAUGAAAAAUGCCGUAUCGAUACUGAGCUGCUGCCGUCGCUGUUUAUGCGUUGCACCACCGACCCGGUCCGGAGAGACAAGUACCCUGCCGUCACGCAUCUGAAAUUUCUCACGCGUGAGAACUCUGAACAGGUGCUGCUUUGUGCGUCUUGUCAGAUGGGCAGCAUUGUUGAAUGCUGGUCUCUGCGGAAAGAGGGUCUUCCUGUCAAUAACAUCUUUCAGCAUCGCUCACCUGUGGUGGGCGAAAAGCAGCCGAUGAUUCUAAAGUGGCGCAUUCUCUCCGCAACCAACGAUCUGGACCGAGUCUCUGCUAUUGCUCUUCCUAAACUUCCAAUUUCCAUUUCCAACACUGAUCUCAAAGUCGCCUCUGAUACAAAGUUCUUCCCUGGGCUUGGUCUUGCUCUGGCAUUCCAUGAUGGCAGUAUUCAGAUCCUCCACCGUCUUUCACUGCACACAAUGGGUGUGUUCUAUGGUUCCUCUGGUUCUUCUCAACGGGUAGGGGAGGAACCUGCCAUUAAACGUCAGAGGACGGGUGGCCCGACGCUGCACUUCAAAGCCCUUCAGUUCUCCUGGACCUCUCUGGCUCUGGUGGGCGUGGAUACUCACGGCAAGCUUCACAUGAUUCGAGUGUCUCCAUCUAUGGGGCAGAUGUUAGACAUGAACACACUACUGCGGCACCUCCUGUUUCUGCUAGAGUACUGCAUGGUAACAGGGUACGACUGGUGGGACGUGUUGUUGCAUGCACAGCCUGGCAUGGUCCAUAACCUUCUGGAGAAGCUUCAUGAGGAGUAUAUGAGACAAAACCAAGCAUUGCAACAGGUUCUGUCCACACGUAUCGUGGCGGUGAAGGCAUCUCUAUGUAAGCUUUCAACAGCCACUGCGGCAAGAGCCUGUGACUUUCAUGCUAAACUGCUGCUCAUAGCCAUCAGCUCCACGCUGAAAUCUCUGUUAAGACCCCACGUGCUCAACACGCCUGACAAAAGUCCCGGAGACCGACUCGCAGAGAUCUGUGCCAAAAACACUGACAUAGACAUUGAUAAAGUGAUGAUCAAUCUAAAGACAGAGGAGUUUGUUCUGGAUGGUCACCCUCUUCAGUCCUUACAGCAGCUCAUUCAGUGGGUGGGGGACUUUGUUCUUUACCUUCUGGCCAACCUGCCCAACCAGGGUUCGAUUGUACGCCCAGGGUUCGGUUUCCUGCGGGAUGGCUCGUCUUUAGGCAUGCUCCGAGAGAUGCUGGUGAUGAUUCGUAUUUGGGGGUUGCUGAAGCCCGGCUGUUUGCCCAUCUACACAGCCACAUCUGAUAAUCAGGACAGCAUGUUUCUGCUCUUCCGUCUGCUGACCAAACUUUGGUUAUGCUCUCGAGAUGAAAGUCACCCGCAGGACCCUGACGAGACAUUGAUUGAUGAGUGCUGUCUGCUCCCCAGUCAGCUUCUGGUACCCAACAUGGACUGGCUGCCCAUCAAUGACGGUGUUAUCACUAAGAUCCAGAGCAAACACCCGCUCAGACUGCAGUUCGGCAAACCUUACACACUGCCCGGGCUCAACCCUUCUGCACAGGUCGAGGUGUUCAGAAGUCCAGCGUCUCAGAGAAUGGACCAUCUAAGAUGUUUACAUUUGGGCAUCACUCCGACAGAGGACUGUAAAGCUUGCACCAGAUGCGGAUGUGUUACCAUGCUGGGAUCCCCAAAUAAAACCAACGCCAUGAGACAGUGGGAGCAGCGCUGGAUCAAGAACUGUCUGUGUGGAGGUCUCUGGAGAAAAAUCCCCUCCACUUAAAACUAAAGACCACAUGUCUGGAGAUAUCUGUAAAAUAAAACCAAAACUAGCUGAAUUAUUCACAUUUUUUGAAUCCCACAGAGAACAGUGAAAUUAAAUGAGUUAAAUGCUUUUUGUGCUUUUGUAAAUAUGAAUUUCUUUUGUUUUGUAAUUUUGUAGGUCGUAAUAAACGCUUUUAUAAAAAUGGUCUGACAGCCAUGA